AUGCCGAGUCUGGUCCAGUCUGACCUGGACCAAUUAUACAUGGACAGGAUACAUAUGUUCAUACCAAUCAUACACCACGGCCGCUACACCGAGUGGGCUAAAUCCGAGCCAGGCUCCACGGGCGAGGCACAGAAUGCCCUACGGAAUGCCAUGUGGACUUUGGCUGCCUCGGCCUCGGCUUACCACCUGACGCUCCGGGACUCGCUCUACCAAAGGACAAGGCAGGCUCUUGAGAAUCUCGACCAGCGCACCGGCAGCGCAGACGAACCCACUACCACCACUACCACUGCCAUCACAGCUACUGCCGACACGGAGGUCGUGCAGGCGUGGCUGCUACUGGCUGUCCACGAGCUCAUGUGUGUGAGCUUCCGCCGCGCCUGGAUCACAGCCGGGCGGGCCUUUCGACUCAUCCAGCUAGAUCCUUCGUGGACAGCCGCGGAUGGUGGCGUACCCACUGAGAUGAAUAUUGACAGUCAGAAUCACCAUGCGCAAUGGAUUGAGAUUGAGCAGCGGCGGAGGACCUUUUGGUUCGCGUACUGCCUAGACCGGCUCAUGAGCCUGCGCAACGGAUCACCUCCUACGUUUAGCGAACGAGUAUCUGUGCGGCUCCCCUGCCCCGAGGUGGCGUUCCAAUACGGCCAGCCCGUGCCCAUGGGCUUCCUCUCAGAAUUCAAGACUACAAGUAUAGCAUCCACAUCCACCUCUCCCGCAAUGGUGCCCUCGUCCCCAUUUCAUGAAUGUAUAGUAGCGGCUACAGUAGCUGGGCAUGCCCUGUCACACCGCCGGCAGGCGGUGAUGGACACAGCGACCGGGCGUGACACCACCACCGCGCAGACACCGCACGACAUGUUCGCCUUCUGGGACCGCCACGCUUGGCUCGACUCGCUAGCAGCCGACAGCAUGGGCGCCUUUGCCGUGCACCAUCCUCCAGCGGCACAGGAGCGGGAGCCCAUGCUGCUUUUUCUGGCUAUGGUGUGGCGCGCGAUCGUGCUUUACCUGUGGCACACCGCGGACGGUUAUCCGACUCCGGCUCCGAACCUGGAUAUGAGUCACGUUGUCAGCAUCGAGUCGCCUGCGCAGAUGGCCGAUAGGGCGGCUCAGGAGGUGCUCCGCUUGAUGGGGAAGAUGUCCGAACUAAAUAGCUGGAAGGUUCAUCCGCUCAUGAGCAUCCCCUUGACGCUGUGCGCCGAGCUUCUGUCGACUAGGGCCGACCUGAUGGCGGCAUUUUCCCAGAAGCUAAGGGAAAUCACGCAAGCUGCACAUAGUCUGGGGCCGUUAUCUGGUGCAGGGAUGCGAGCAUACCAAUGA